AUGGGCUCUCGCAGGUCGGCAAGUGCUUCCGGGCUUCUGUAUACUGGACUGUUUUUCCUCGCAAUACUCGGACACGCAGUCGCUCAAUCUCCCCGCGAGCGCUCGAGUCUAAAUGCUGGAUGGCGAUUUUCGCGGUUCACUAGCAACCCUGACGGUCUUUCUUAUGACACGCUCAAGCCAUGGAUCCUUCCUUCUUCCAAUGACUUCAUAACCCGGGCGAAGUACCAGCGACCAUUCGGCACUCCACCAGGUAGCAACGUCCAGUAUGUCCAGGGUUCUUUCGACGACAGCAAAUGGGAUCCGAUAGAUCUUCCACAUGACUGGGCCAUCAAAGGACCAUUCGGCGCACCUGGCAUAUCUGGAUCUGAGGGAAAGUUGCCCUACGAUGGUGUUGGCUGGUACCGCAAGACGAUCAAACUCGAUGGUGGGGACGUGAAGAAGGGAAAGAACUUGUAUCUGGAAGUUGAUGGAGCUAUGUCGUACGCGAGUGUCUUCCUCAAUGGCGUGCUGGUGGGUGGUUGGCCCUAUGGCUAUAACUCGUUUCGUCUGGACCUUACGCCGUAUGCAAAAGCUGGAGAAAAUACUUUUGCUAUCAGACUGGAGAACAAACCAAACUCUUCGCGCUGGUAUCCAGGUGCUGGUCUAUACCGAAAUGUCUGGCUGGUUAAGGUGAACUCGGUCCAUGUUGCGCAGUAUGGAACCAAGGUCACAACGCCUUCCGUCAGUGCCGGCUCAGCAACUGUAGACCUGAGCGUCACAAUCGAGAACAGUUCCAACAGCACCAAGCGAGUCGACCUGAUUACUGAAAUUUACGAAGUGGACGCGUCGACCGGUAAAGCCACAGGCGAUGCCAAAUCUAGCUUUGACCGUGUUUCCGUUAGCAUUGCGGGUGGAACGAAGAAGGUCCUGAACAGCACCACAGAACUCUCCAGUCCUAAGCUUUGGGGACCGGUCCCGGAGCAGUCCCCCAACCAGUACGUCGCCGUCACAAAGCUAUCGGCCGGCGGAAACGGUACCGUCGAUUCGGUCGACACCAAAUUUGGCGUGCGAACUAUCGUCUAUGAUGGAAACAAGGGUCUAAUAAUCAACGGUGCCCCAGUCUACGUGAAGGGCGUCUGCAACCACCACGAUCUCGGAUCGCUCGGAGCUGCCUUUAAUGUACGCGCUGCGGAGCGUCAAUUCGAGAUGCUAUUAGAGAUGGGUACUAACGCAUUACGGACAUCGCACAACAUGCCCGCCCCAGAGCUCCUAGAUCUAGCCGAUCGCAUGGGUAUAAUGGUUAUGGGUGAGACGUUCGAUACCUGGAAGACGGAAAAGGUAGACAACGAUUACCACUUGCUUUGGGACGAGUGGCAUGAGGCAGACAUGCGCUCAUAUGUCCGCCGUGAGCGCAAUCAUCCUUCUAUCGUAGCGUGGAGCAUCGGCAACGAGAUGCCCGACCAGUCGUCGGCGUUGGGUGGUCAGAUAGGCACGGAACUGCAGAAUAUCGCUCACCAGGAAGACGGAACGCGAAAAUCUACUGCCGGUCUGAACAACGCGCAACCGGGAUCCGCCUUAGUUAACGUCCUUGAGAUCCCUGGUCUCAACUACCAAGGUGAAGGCAAAGGUUUAGCAUUGAACUCGACGUAUCCCAUCUUCCACAGCAUGUAUCCGGACAAGAUGAUUUGGGGCACCGAGACUGCAUCCACAGUCAGCACGCGAGGAACAUACAUCUUUCCAGUCACGAGUGGGAUAGAGGCGAUCGUUGGGCCUAGCGCAGGUGAGAAUGUUACAGCACAGUAUGUCAGUUCGUACGAACUGUACCACCCGUCUUGGGCUGCGUCACCCGACAAGGUAUUCAUACAGCAGGACAGAUACCCAUACGUUGCUGGUGAAUUCGUCUGGACAGGCUGGGACUACAUCGGCGAACCAACACCUUUCGAUAACUCAAGUCGAAGCUCGUAUUUCGGUAUCAUCGAUCUCGCUGGCUUCAAGAAAGAUCGCUUCUGGCUGUAUCAGGCACGUUGGCGCCCUGAGGUACCUCAGGCGCACAUUCUGCCGCACUGGACGUGGCCUAGUCGCGUCGGACAAGUCACUCCCGUACAUGUCUUCACAUCUGGAGACGAAGCUGAACUCUUCGUCAACGGCAAUUCGCAAGGCCGGAAGAAGACUAAGCCAUCUGAAUACCGCCUUCGAUGGGAUAACGUCACGUACACGCCUGGAGAAAUCGAAGUGGUAGCCUACAAGAACGGAGAGAAAUGGGCCGAGGACUCGAAGAAGACCGUUGGUAGUGCCACCAAGUUGAAUGUGACUGCAGACCGGACUUCAAUUGACAGCGAUGGGUACGACCUCUCGUUCGUCACUGUAGCCGUGGUUGACGAGAAUGACGACACCGUGCCUCAGGCGAGCAACACCAUUGCUUUCUCAGUCGACGGGCCCGGUGAGAUCAUUUCCACGGACAACGGUGACCCGACAGACAUGAUAGCUUUCCCGUCUCUUACGAGGAAAGCGUUCAGUGGCUUUGCGCUUGCCAUCGUGCGCUCUAAGCCUGGGUCUUCGGGUAGCUUUACUGUCUCGGCAGCUUCGAACGGGCUAGCGGGAGGGGAGGUGGUUGUGCAUGCCGGUUAUUGA